CUCGUCGCAAGGAAGGUCUUUCGCCGCGCAAGGUCUUAUCCGUGAACGCAUUCAAUGAGUUCGGCCGCUGCGAGUCCUCCCCCGAUCCUCCCCCCUCCGCCCCAGAGAGACCUCCAUCGGCUGGACAGGCUGGACAUUCACUCCAAGGACUUCCACCAGUCGCGAACCAAGUCGUCAUCCAGCUCCAGUGCCUCAUCGACCAAUCGCACGCGGCUGAGUGCUGAGGGGAGAGCCCAUGACGGAGGGGACGUCGACGAGGGCCAACAGGUGGAGGGGUGGCUCGCCAGGGUACAAGAGCACUUCGCCGCCCAGGCCAACAAGCCUGAUGGUACACACAGGAAGUAAUUGUUUACUCGUGUGAUGGAUACACGAUUGUUUCGUAUGUUUGUCUGUCUGUCUGUCUGCAGUCGAUGUGUCUGCCAGUCGGGCUGGCCCAGUGCCAGUUGGCAGGACACAGUUCACCAACAAGGCCAAGACGGUGCUGUCACGGUGGCAGGUGCUCAACGCAUUCACAGGGGGGCGGCUCAGCAGCGCCAGCACACAAGCGGAAGCGGCCAGCGCCACCCCAUCGCCUGUGCACCGCGUCAUCCAGUGCGAUUCUCACUCUCAUUCUCAUGCUCAUUCUCAUUCUCGUGUCCGCGUGCACUGUUUGCUUUGUUUGUUAUGCUAUUAGGGAGAAGGAGGUUGUAUCGCCCACUGCGUGUCAGAGAAUUAGUGAACGGCUGGUCAGACACCGACAGGAAGACAGAGACAUAAUGAACGGCCGGCACACACAGCGUCUAUCUUGCAGGCUUCUGACUUUGACUACGUCCUCGGCACCGUCAGUGAGAUUCGAAGGCAAAUCGAGUACGCAUGCUAUGGAUGGGCGGCGAGAGCCGUGUCCCCACAUUCUCUGUCUCCACUGAUUGAAAUCCGCUAUGUCUCAGCCCCAAAGCGAAGGCAGCCCCUCCGAUGCCGGUCUCCGUCACCGCCCGGCCCUUAACAGUGGUGGUGGGUCAGGAGGAGGGCAAGGGUGAUGCGGGCGGCUGGGAUGACGACGAGGACGAGGAAGAGGAGAAGAAGCCGCAGGGCGUACUCGAGAGACUUGCUGCCAAAGUCGAAGAACAGAGGUACAGAGACGGGCAGAAAGAUGCAAAGCCCCGAACCGCUUGUGCCCUGUCCCUGCGUACAGGCUAGACAAGCAGCUUCAGGCAGCGCUGGACGUGCCGACAUCCCCUGUGCGCGGUAAAUCGCCGCCGCCCUCCCCUACGCUCGCCAGCGGCCGACGGGUGCCCACCGUUGCAUACAAGGCCGCAUCAGCAUCCGAUACGCAUGGCAAGUAAGAUGGACAAAGCCGAUAGCGUGUCUUUGUGGCUGAGUCGUGUGCAUGUGUGUUUCGUAGAGUAGGCUUGUCAGGCUGCCGGAUGUCAAGAAGAUCCAGGCAUCCCUGCUGGGGGCCGGCAGCAGCGCCACCAUGCCAGUGCUGUGUGAACUAGCCGAGAGGCGGGCAAGAGACCGGAAGCGCUCCCCGACAGGAAGCAGACGCAACUACCUCAGGUCAGGCUGGUCAGCUGUCUGUCCGUCCAUCCCACCAGGCACCGCACAUCUGCUGAUCGAUUGCUCUUAUUGAUCCAGACACAAUCGCAGCACCACAGACUACCACCGCCCCGAGAGCCGGCAGGCGCGCAUUACUGCGGGCAGGGAUGUGCAAGAGGAUCGGUACCAGUACGCCAGGCGGUUUCAGCGCUGGAAGCACCUGCAGCAAAAGGCCAUCGUGGAGCAGUGGGAUAUACAAACCGAGGAAGAGCAGAAUCUCCUUGCCUCGUACGCAACACACACCCAACACAGCAAUGCCUACUCACACAGGCCUGUGUCGUUUGGUGCAGUCUUGGCCUCGAGGGCAUGUCGACUCGACUGUCCGCCCGGUAUGUGUCCAUAGCAGACAUGACGUCCAGCCAGCGGUCGUCGAGUCCGUCAAUCACCUUUCCGCGGCCAUCAUCGGCGCAGAGUCGACGGCCGACAACCUGCCCCAGAAGCCCAGUGCCUCCGUCGAGGCGGCGCGACAGAUAUCGCGAGAGCUCAGGCGAUGAGGAGGCCAUGUCGUCUUCGUCUUAUCCCGGGGAGGACAGGGGCAGCAUGGAGCUGUCGUCGCUGAUUGACAGAAAGAGGACGAGGUUUCUAGCUCAGGUGAAGAUGGUGCAGGCCAAGCGGGGCAGGGAGUUCAGGGGGCCAAUGGACAUAUGGACCGACGAUCUGAAGCGGCCCGCAUUGUUGAUGAAAUACGUCUUGGCGGCCAUUGCUAUGGUGGGAUGAAUGAAGAGAAAGAACGGGCGCAGGGCAUUGAUUGCCUGAUUUGUUCAUUCAGACCAGCUUUAAGGGGUGCAAGGAUGGGAAAGUCCGAGCGAUGUUGAGGAAAGUCCUUGUCAAGAAGGCCCGUGCCGUCAUGACCACCGCCCGCUUCACACAGCGCAUGAAGCAGACGUAAGUCGAGUCGAUAUAUGUCAACCCCAACUUGCAUUGUGUCCACACGUCCGCCCAUUCCAUUGCGCACUCCGUGUAUGUGUGUGCAGGGUGCAGAUUCACCGCUCGUGGGCAAGAGUGCUGCGCAUUCUGAGGAUAUGGCGGUUCCUCUAUCGGGUGAGUGAGUGAGCUCGUCGGACUCAGAGACACACACUGGCUGUACCGUGCUAUGCUGUGCUCUGCUGUCGUCUGCCAGAUCCGCCAACGCAAGAGGUACGCAGACGUCUUGGUGGUGCUCUUGCGACGAGAGUACGAGAAGUCUAGAAUGCAGGGCAGCCUCUUCAAGUGGAGAUGGUGAGAAACGCUUUCAAAGCGCAAAGGAAGGCCAUUUAGCGACCGAAUGGAAGCGAUUUCCAUUGCCCUUCCUGCUCAGGCGGAUUCGGAGGCUGCAGACGACUUGGCGGAAGUUCCUGCAAUGGAAGACAUUCCUCAGACAAUCCCUGAGCAAAAGGUGAACAUCUCAUACUUUGCCUAUCAUCCAUCCAUCCAUCCACCCAUGCUGAUUCGAUUCAUCAGGUGGAUGGAGAUCGAGGUGUCUCUGAUCAAGAGCAAGCUGGGUUCCUACGCGCAGCAGCAGCGGCGACAGAGCAUCGUACACCUCACUCAGCGCCGCGCCAGCAUCUUUCAGACGCUGGAGCCGCCCGUCCUGGCCUUGACGCCACCUACUGCCGCACAGCCGCAGCCACUCGUCAAGUCAGCAAAUGGCGCAGCCACGCGCGCCGACGACAUGAGAGUUGCCGGGCCUGUGUAUGUGUGUGUGUUUGUGUGUGUGGCAGGGAUGGCAAGCAGCCCCCGCCCAAGACGGGCGGGCCGCCAAAGGGUGGUGGUCGGCGGCAAUCCAUUGUACAGCCCCCCACACCUGGCAUCACCGUCACACCAAGGUACGUAGAACAGACAAACAGAUGCCACGCACAUAAACACGCACACACAGACAGACCGACAGGGCGAGCGGACGUGCCACCGAUGUAUGUCAUCAUUGCAAUGUGUGUGCAGUGUGACGGCCGAUGCCACAGUGGGUGCCGCCAUCGAUGCGACAGUCGCCAACCUCAUGGUGGGUGAAGUGAUAGGGUGUGACAGACAGACAAAGCCCACAGACAUAUGUACUUGCAACACACAGCUGAGUGAGGAGGAGAGAAUGGCACUGAUCGACGCCGAGCUGUAUCGAAGGAAGCAGGUAUACAAGAGGCAGUAUCUUGACUACAGAAACGACCUCCAAGUCUACAAAAAGAACUACGGGGUAGGUGAGUGUCUGACUGGCAUCGCAUUGAAUUGACGUAGGGAUGUACACCGACCGCCUCUAUGUCACAUGCCAUGUGUGCCGUGCAGGAGUGGGAGGCCUUCAUCGGCACCUUCGGCGUUGCCAGGCAGCAGAUGCAGCGUCACUCCAUCCCCCUCACCAUGCCUACACCCCCGCGGCCGUACUGGCUAUUCACCGACGACGAUCUGCGCCGGCUCGUGCAGCAGGCCCUCGCCGACAAGGCCCUCCGCCAGGCGCGACGGGGGUCACGCACCUCACCCAGUGGCUCGCCAACAGGGUCUCCCAAAGCCACACCAAAGCACUCCCCCAAGCUGACGGCGUUCGGUCACUCGCGGCGUCGGCGCUCAUCCACGUCUCCCGCUUCGCCCUCUGGGUCGCCCACUGGGUCGCCGAAAGCAUCCCCAAAUCUGGUUGGAGAACGUCGUCGGAUCAGCAGAAUGCCUUCCUUUGAAUAAUCAAGUGAAAGGCUUAUUUUGGGGUUUAGAGGGUGGGUGCACUGCAUGGUCAUUGUUGUUCAUCGAUCGGGAUGCUAUGGACAGUAUGUAUCAGAAGGAGGCCACAGUCGAUGGCCGGGUGCAGCAGAGCAGUAGCAAAAUGCAAAAAAACAAGUCAGUCGUGUCUCUGUUUUGUUGUUUCUCGCGGCUCGACUCAAGUUGAGCAAAGACCCCGAGCCAGGCCCGACUCGUGUCGUGUCUCUCCAUCACUCACACAUCAACGCAGC